AUGCAUUGGACCACGCAGCCAUCUUCGAAUACGAGAAGUCGUACAAGUCUACGUGCUCGAGAUGCUUGGAAGUCACAGUCUACCGACGACCAGGUACAAGAGGCACGAGCGAAUGAAGGGAAACCUCGCCCACUUGCGAUACAGCGAACACACCAGGGCAGGCCGGUGGUUCACGCUCCAUUGAACCUUUCCACAGUACCACGGCGGGCCAACGUGGCGGCUUUGCUCAAGCCAAUGAGCCUUGCCGGCUUCGAGCGGCUUAUUGCUGACACUGGCCUGAAGGAGCUGGAUCUCGAUGCCCUCAUCGGUGUAGCCACUGGACAGACAUAUGGGCUGCCCCCUCGUGAGCAAUUAGCGAGAUUGUCAAAGCCAAAGCAAGUACAGAGCUUUCUGACGUACAUCCCCACAAGAUACGGUCAUAGGACAUGCCUCGACGAUGUCAUAAGAUGUCUCACCAGCAAGAUCAAAUCUAUGCUGGUCCCUACGGCCCUUGGUGAAGUCACGGAUACUUUGAGCCUCUACGGCAAAGCACUGAAAAGUGUCCAAGCCGCUAUACAGAGUGCAUCUUGGGCUGAUCCUGAUGUUCUCUGUGCGAUUGCUAUGCUGGGCACCUAUGAAGCAUUGGAAGGUAGCAAUCGAACUUCCGCUUGGACUCAUCAUACAUUCGGUCUAUCACAGCUGAUUGCUGCACGGGGGCCAUCCAGAUUUACUACACGUUUCGAAAAACUUAUACUAUCUUCAACGUCAUGCUGGCUCAUUUACGAGUCUUUACACUCCGGUCUGCCUUGUGUGCUAGGUGAGCCCAGUUGGGAACCUGUAUUUCAAUCCAUGGCGAGGCCAGAGUUCCCAGAAGUCGAUCAGACCUUCGCUUGGCUAGGAUCAUUAGGCGUCAAAGUCAGCCGGCUGAUUGUGGAAAUGCAUGACGCUACUUGCGAUGACUAUACAGUCUCAGAGAGUGGCAUGAAGGAUUUGGAGUCAAGAUGUCGCAACUUGAAACUCGAAUUAAUGAGAUGGAAGCAAGAGAGUCAAGCUAUCAUCGAGGCCCCUCGACGGCCGGAGGGCACGCCCGCAAUGCAAGGUGACUUGCGAGCUGAAUUGACCAGUGCUGCUUAUGCGAUGUUGGCCGCCACUUGUCGCCUAGUGGGUGCUAUCUCACCAGAAGAUAGGACCACGGAAGAACGAGAGGCGAUCUCUAUCUCUGACUACUUAUCAAGGGUUGGAGACAGUAUGAAGUGGGACAAAAUUGCAAGCUUCUACUUCCAACAAAGGAUCAAUGUCACAAAAAGUAUCAUUCUUACAAGUGAUAUCUGGCUUCAGGGAUGUGACGACGCAAAUGCCAUCAACACAGAUUAUAACGGACGACUGGAGGGCAAACGAAGACUCAUAGAGAGUUAUAAGUUCCAAGCCUGGCGUGACUGCAUGCGACGUAGUCUUAGUUACCAACCAGGCUCUGGCCACCGCUGA